GGAGUUCGUUGCGAAGGCAAGCUAGAAGAAGGUAUCCGAACACUGGCGAAGCUUCCGGAAAUCUCCGGACCGUCUCUCUCCGGUCAACCGUCGCCGAAACAAAAAGCAAUCCCCCUUGCCACCGACCUUCCGUCUUGCUCUCGUCCCCAACUUUGUCGGACUCGACUCCACGCGCCUCUCGCCCUUUUGCUCUCGCUCUCUCCCCGAAAGGAUUCCGUCUCCUUCCUUCGUCGCCUCUCGUCUGAUCGGAUCCUCCGCAGAGGAGAGAGAGGGAUCUCUGCUCGUUUCUUCCCUUUCAGAGGUCUCCUUGUUUUUUUUUUUUUGCGAAUCCGAUUAUCCUAACCAACCGCCAAAAGGCUCUCUCUUUCUCUCCCUCUCCCUCCCUUCCUCCCUCCCCGACGAGUAGGAGAUCAGCAUCAUCACCCAUUAUUACUUGUUAGCUAUUAUUCUUAACCGUCGAUGGAAGGGGAGGGGGUGCCCGAGAAGCAGCAGCAGACGUCGUACACCUACUGGGUAAGGGAGGCGAGGGAGGAUGCAGCCCCCCUUCCCGUCCCUCGCAAGCUCUCCGCCGACGACAUCUCCAAGCAAACCCAGUCCACCACUUUGGGCUCCGUCUGGAAUCAGGCUGGAACUUGGGAGGAGAGGAACCUUAAUUCAUGGGCGAGCAGUCGAAUAAAGGAGUUGCUUAGCUCUUUGGGUUCGUUGGAGUUUUCCGGUGGUAAAGCAUCCAUCGAUGAAGUGUCAAAAUGCUUAGGCGAUGCAUUCUUGGUCACUGUGCGUAACAAGAAGAGAGUGGGCUACACCUAUGAGUUGACUCUGAAAUUUGAAGGGGAAUGGUUAAUCCAGGAGGAGGAGAAGAAGAUCAAAGGUCACCUGGAUAUUCCUGAAUUUUCAUUUGGUGAGCUUGACGACUUGCAGAUUGAGGUGAGGCUCAGUGAAGAGAAGGGCCUUGCGGCGGAAGAUAGAAUGCAGAUCUGCAAGGAUCUGAGGUUGUUUCUGACAGCUAUACGCCGGCAAUUACUAAAGUUUGAAGAAGAGCUGAAAGAUAGAUAAAAAGACGGGAGGCCUCUUUGGCUGUGUUGGUCUUUUUGCUGCCAUCACUGCUGAUGCCUGCUCUUAUAUUCAUGUGUGAUUUCUUGUUGACAAUGAAAGCUUGUCAUUUUUCUGAUCUUGUGCUCAUGAUAUGCCAAGUCCUUGUAUUUAUGAAAUUUCAUAUUAUGUGUUUGUCUGCUAGCUGUAGUUCCCCUAGUUUCUCCAACUGAAAGGUUGCUUCAAUUAAAAUGUUUUCUUGAUGAUUGUGAA